CCAAAAAACUUUAAAAGACAAAACUUUGGCCUCCAUAUUCGUUCAAAGGGGACUAGGUCCUUGGUCAGUCUCCAAACCCGCGUAUUCCUCUUUCAAGUUUCCACCCCGAAACCAAACCCAAUAACCAUCAACACCACAGCGGAUCAAAUCCAUAAACUUCCUUCUACUCCUCUCUCUCUCUCUCUCUCUCUCUCUCUCUCUCUCUCUCUUCUUUCUCUCUCCUCCCCUACAAUGAUAUUCUCCAACUCCUCAACCAACCUCCCUUCUUCAUUCCAAUGUCUCCACCAAACAUAACCCCUCCUCUCCUCUUCAUCCUCAUCAUCAUCACCACCUCCAUCCCCUCAAUCUCUUGCUCCCCUCUCUCGACUGUUGCGAUCUCUCACAUCUUCAACAAAACGCUAGUCUGCGCUCUCCUCCCCUCACCAACGUCCCCCAGCAAAUUUGACCUCAACUGCACGAGCUUCCCAAUGCCACAACCCACCACUACCCCGCCGGCGUCGACCCCCUUCCGCCAUCGCCGCGGGCGACGGCUUCCUAUGCGCCCUCACUCACCCUUCUCCGUCGAAGAUCUCGACGAUGAAAUGGUGGGACUUCGCCCACAGCGCCCGCAACAAGUCCCUCCGACGCCAACGGGUCUACAUCGGACCCGCUCUGAGCUCGCUGUCCGCCGGCGAUUCGCACGUCUGCGGUUUGACGGGCGGCCGGCUCCUCGACUGCUGCAGGUGGCCGCAGCUUGAUGUUCCGGCUAACCUCAAGCCUGCUGAGGUCGCCGUUGGAGAGGGUUUCGUCUGUUCGAUUUUGGGUACAGGGGCAGUCAAGUGCUUCUCUGGUGGAGGCGAUGUUGGUGUCGUCGGCAACGAGCCUAACGGGACCUUCGUCGCGAUUGCCGCAGGAAAGAGCCAUGCCUGUGCGAUCUCGACGGAGUCGGGACUAGUCUGCUGGGGUCUCGGAGCACCGGCGAUCGCGAAGAAUCUGACGACCAGUAUCGAUUUGAUGGCGUUGGGGAAUGAGAGGACUUGUGUUCUUGAUAGCAAUGGGACAGUUCAUUGCUGGGGGGAGAAUUUGAAGUUGCCUGAAGAUUUGGCCACAGCUCCGUUUGUGUCAAUUCAAGCGAGAGGGGACGCAUUUUGUGGAGUUUUGAUGGAGAAUUACGCUCUGGUUUGCUGGGGGAGUGAACAUUUUCAGGGGAAUCAUGUUGUUUUUAAGGAGGUUUUGCCGGGCACUUGCGCCGCGACAUGCCGGUGCUUGCCGUUGGCGGGUACGGGUAACAUUUGCGGUAACGGAGAUGUGGUUUGUCGCCCCUGCCCGCUUAAGAUAAACACGAACCCGAAUCAGAAUUCGACGCCGACUCCGAUGGUCUACUUACCGAGCAGCAGUGCUAGCAAGAGGAGAAGGCUGAUCUUCAUUAUCCUCGGCUCGGUCGGAUUCGUCGUCGGAUUAAUCGCGGUGGCUUCAUUUCUAUUCCUCAAAUUCCGAAGGAUCAAGGGUCGGAUUCACGAUACGGACCGGCUACGACGACAUUGGGCGCGCCGACUGUUCUGCCACGCCCGAAGCGAACAUGGUCAUAGUACUACAAUCGAAGAGUUCCCGAUCAAGCUCUUGUUGGCAAUCACGGACGGUUUCUCCAACGAGCACAAGAUCGGGUCUGCAGUUCGGUUGCGUUACCGUGCAAAACUCGACGAUGGACGCACUGUCGCGAUAAAACGAUCCGACCGGCCAUCGUCCUCAGCCUCCACAUCCCGGGGGCGCACACUGAACACAGGCGAUAAUCGGAGACAGGAUAAGGAGUUUGCGUUUUGGGCGGAGCUCGGGCUGCUCUCAAGAGUGAACCACAAGAAUUUGGUCAGAUUGUUCGGAUAUUACAAGCAAGGAUCCGAACGGAUACUUGUCUAUGAGUUCAUGGCUAAUGGGACUCUGCAUGAUCUCUUACACAAAUCCGACCAGCAAGUAGGCCUACCGUUGGGCUCGUGGGCCGCUCGGAUUCGGGUCGCGCUCGAUGCGGCCCGAGGGAUCGAGUAUUUGCAUACGUACGCUGUUCCGCCGAUUAUUCACCGGGACAUCAAGUCGUCCAACAUUCUGUUGGAUGAGGUGUGGACUGCGAAGGUCGCGGAUUUUGGGCUCUCGUUGAUGCACCCGAUUGCAUCCCAUAACGACAACAGGCCUAAUGGGCCUAAUGGGCCUAACGUGUCUCCUAGUGCGGCAGGCACGGUGGGCUACAUGGAUCCAGAGUAUUACAGGCUUCAGCGUCUGACUGCGAAGAGCGAUGUUUACAGCUUCGGAGUAGUGUUAUUGGAGAUAUUGUCCGGUUGUAAAGUGAUCCAACGGUACGAAGAGAGCGGUACCCCGAAGAAUGUUGUUGAAUUCGCCGUACCACACAUUGUAGCCGAUGACCUGCACAGAGUGCUCGACCCUCGGAUCGCUCCUCCUACGCCGAGUGAAAUUGAGGCAGUCGCCUAUGUGGGCUACUUGGCCGCGGAUUGUGUUAGCCCAGAGGGCCGAGAUAGGCCCACAAUGACCGAGAUUGUAAAUGGCCUUGAACGGGCCUUGGUUGCGAUUUCAGGCCCAUCAUCGAUCUCUCGAUCAUCGACCUCCCGAUCGUUGGAUCUGAUCUGACCUUAGGAUUCACAUGCGUGAAUUGUGCUUGUGGCUCCACAUUUGUGAUGACAAUGACUCAACAACUGAAACAUGUUGUCCAUAAAUUUUUUUUUGGAUUAUCCUUUUUGUUUUAGAGCUUCUUUUUUCGGUUAGGUUUUUUUAAUUGUAAUUUGAUUCAUUAAUGAAAAGGAUUAAAGAUUUGAGGAAGUGCCGUGAGGUGGU